AUGGCUCUUCCAAAUCUAAUUGUCCCUCUGAUUUUUGAUCUAGACUCUCUGGUGGAUCAGACCAAUCCAAGAGGGGGGGUGAUUUGGGAUGCACCAGCGAUCGGGUGGAGUAAGGUAAACUUUGAUGGUGCUUCUGCAGGCAAUCCAGGCCAAAGUGGUAUUGGUUGCAUUCUGAGGGACUUUGAUGGUCUCUGUAUAAAAGAAAUCUCCGAAAAGAUUGGAGUGGCUACUAAUAAUGAAGCUGAAUUCAGAGCAACAUUUAGAGGUCUUCAGCUAGGGAAGGAGCUUGGGGUGCAAAAAAUUCAUUUGGAGGGUGACUCAUUAAAUGUCAUUAAUGUGAUCCACUUCUCUAGCACCCCUUGUUGGCCCCUUAACCAGUGGCUUCAACCAAUCCUGGUGCUGCUAGCUUCCUUUGAUGAGUUCUAG